AUGUCGCUCGACGAGGUGCCGAUGCCCGACAACGAGGACCGCCCCGGGCAGGCCAUCUUCAAGCUGAACACGCCCGGCGCGCCGAAGGAGCCGCCGAAGAAGAAGCCGAUCAUGGCGUGCCUCUUCUGCCGCGAGCGCAAGAUCGCGUGUGGCCCGCCGGUCCCCGGGAGCUGCGAGCGGCGCUGCAACCAGUGCGCGCGCCGCGGCCUUGUGUGCGAGUACCCGAAGGAGAGCCGCCGCGGCCAGCACAAGCGCGGCCCGCGCGCGCAGCGCGUCAAGGCGCUCGCGGACGCCGCUGCGGCGGGCGAGGCCGUGCACGACUCCCCGAUGACGACGGCGCCGAUCGUCGAUGUCGAUGUCGAUGUCGCGCCGGCAUCGGGAGCGGUAUCGGGAUUAGGGCCAGGGUCAGGGUCGGGCGCGCCGUCCGCGAAGGCCCAGGGGGUGCGCGCGCGCGCGAGCAGGGAACGCGACCGUGCGGACUCGAGCCCUGGGGGAGAUGCCAUGGCGUGCAAGGCCGUGCCGCAGCGCUAG